AUGGCGCGUCUUAGGUAUGUACCAGCCAUGCGAUCCGAAGGAGUCAUUAGGACCGAGAUACCGACAAGUUCAUCUGGCCUAGAGCUCAGCUUGAAUGCGGUGGAGCUCUCGGAAGAAAACUGCGAGAUCAGGGAUACGUUCGGCAUUUACAAUGCAGUUCGUCUUUUUCUGCCUGCUCCUCCGGAGACAAGCGUGUUGCCGGCCACAACCCAAUUUCCUGAUCAACCGGAAGGCGCGGAUGUCGACCGUACAUUAACAUAA